UGGCAAGAUGUUUUGGAUGAACGCAAUGCAGCCAUUUCAUCGCGGUCAGACCAGCGACGCCUGCAGGCAACCAAACGUGACGAGUGCGAGACAGCUGCUCUCAAGAAAGAACGUGAUGACCUGGCUGUCAUCCUAUCGAGCCAGCAAAACACUAAAAGCGCGGCUGUUAACAAGGUGGCGGAGCAGCGGCGUAAGCGCAUUCAAGAGCAGGAAGAUAGCGUCAACCAAAUGCACAAGACAGUCAACGAGCAGCCCCGCAUGAUCAGGCUCAAGGAGGAUGCAGAACGCAGUGCCAAGAAGCUCCAGCAGGAGAUAUCGAACAUGAAGCAGGCGCGGGUGCAGCUAAUGAAGCGUAUGAAGGAGGAGUCUGAACGCCACCGGAGGCAACAGACUAAGCGCACCCGCGAGAUUCGAGCCCUGCGAAUUCGCGAGCAGCAGUCGGCACACAUGGCACGCAUGGAGCGCCAAAACGUGCUGGCCAUCAACGUGCUGCAAUGCAGUGUGGAGGAGGCCCUGGCGGCCAACAACCGCUUCGAGGUCGCUCAGCGUCGCCGCCUGGAAAGUCGUGCCAAUGGCAACGGCUUUGACAGCAUGUAAUCACGU